AUGGAAGAAGACAUCUUUCCACGGCCAAACAACUAUCCGCCGGAGGGUGCUGGCCGGAAAAUGAACCUCGGCAUGAACGCAAGUGAACGCGCAUGUUUCGUUCUUGGAGGCAUAGUACCUCCCUCAACGGAUUACUGUGCAGUUUCCUACUGUUCCGCGGGUGAAACGAAUGUCGGUUGUAAUCCUCCACCGUUGACUGGAGGUCCGUCUUGUGGCGAUUCUCCUAUGACAGUGACUAUUACCGAGACUCUGAAGGCCCGAUUCCUGGACCAACACAACAGCCGCCGUUCGACGCUGGCCACCGGAAGCCUGGCCUCAUUCUCCCCGGCGCAGCGCAUGCCCACACUCCAGUGGGACGAUGAGUUGGCGUCCCAGGCUGGACACAACGCUCGUUCCUGCACGUUUGCGCACGAUGAAUGUCGCAAUACGCAACUGUUUAGCUACGCUGGGCAAAAUCUUGCCCUGAAGCAGUUCUCUGGUGAUUCGUGGGACGAAGAGAGCACGAUCGAUGAAUUCGUAAACAUGUGGUGGGCAGAGAACGCGGAUACUACAACGGCACAAAUCGACAGCUAUCCGAGCAGUUCUCCAGCAUCCCCGAUUGGACACUUCACACAGAUGGCUAGCGAUCGCACCUGGAAGGUGGGAUGUGCCAUGCAGUUCUGGAUCGAUGGAAUAUGGCGCACGGUUUACUGUGUGUGCAACUACUCCUUCACCAACAUGAUUGGUCAGCCCGUCUACGUAACAGGUACAAGCGCUUCAGGCUGCACGACCAACCAGAACCCACAAUACCCCGGGCUGUGCUCGGUCGACGAAACGAUCCUGUCCGAGCCUUAA